CGUUAACCUCGAGAAAUUUCUACAAACUUAUUUCCGUUGCAGAUUGAAAUUAAAAAAUAAAAAUAAAAAGGAUUUAAAUCUAAAAUAUGGGACGAAGCAGGAGCAGGUCGCCACGACGAGAGAGACGCCGCUCGCGCUCGACUUCCCGGGACCGCGAGCGCAGGCGCAGAGAGAGGGAGAGGGACCGGGAGCGCUCGCGCUCUCGAGACCGGGACCGGCGCAGGAGCCGCUCGCGCUCACCGCACAGGCGGAGAUCCAGGUCUCCACGGCGACACCGUUCCUCGUCACCGUCACCGCUCAGGCAGAAGGACCGGCGAGAGGAGGAGCGGAAGGAGGUGAAGGACAAGCCUACGAAAGUCCAUCAGAUAUCUGCGGAGGACAUGCAGGGUAAAACAGAAGAGGAGAUUGAGAUGAUGAAGUUGAUGGGCUUCGCUUCCUUCGACUCUACAAAGGGUAAGAAGGUGGAUGGUUCUGUGAAUGCGCACGCCAUCAACGUCACUCAGAAGAGGAAAUACAGGCAAUACAUGAACAGGAAAGGUGGCUUCAACAGACCUCUGGACUUCAUCGCUUGAUCAAGGACUGAUCUCGAGGACUUUGUCUUCUUUGCUUCUGGAGUGCUUUGUGUUUUGUUUAGUAUGUUGGGUGCAUGUCUUAAAUUUUGCAGGUUUUUUUUUUUUUUGUAUUGUUGAUACUAUAUGCCUAAAUGUUUGUAUAUAGUAUACAUGUAUUGUAUGAACAUCCUGCCUUUCAAUAAAAACUUUCUAUUUGA